AUGGCGACGAACGGGACCACGCGCGUCUCUGGGCCCAUCUCCGGCGAGCAGCUCGCCGAGAUCCGAGCACGUAUCAUCGCCUCGAACUCGGACUCGGGCGUGUCCUCAGGUCAGACCACGCCUGCGCGGACAGCUGCGCAGUCGGGUCUUCACAUGCCAAAGUCUGGUCACUACGAAGCCAAGGAGACCAUCCCGAACACACCGCUCGCCGCUUCGGUCAUUUCCGUCGCCCUCGGAGCCGCUGCCGGAAUAGCUGCGACGUGCGCCUUCCAGCCCCUUCUGCGCUGGCUCGGCGAGGCCAACUGGACGUGGGCCCGUCCGCAACUCGGCAUCUACCUGACAGCUUGGGCGACUUUCCACAUUCUUGAGUUCUGGACGACCGCAGGCUGGAACUUCCAGAAGCUGUCCGUGGAUGCCUUCCUCCUGAACAAUACGAAUGAGUACCACAUUGCGCAUCUGGUCGGUCUCGCCGAGUACUUCCUCUCGUCCUACUUCUGGCCGGCAAAGUUCAACUCUGUCGUCGCCUCGCCAUGGGUUUUGGUCGUCGGCCUUCUUGUCGCUGGACAGUCGUUCCGAUCACUCGCCAUGGUCCACGCGAACAAGAGCUUUUCGCACAUUGUCAAGACCGUCAAGCUCGAGGACCACACUCUCAUCACGCAUGGAGUCUACUCGCACCCAUCCUACGUAGGGUUCUUCUACUGGGCCGUCGCGACGCAGCUCCUUCUCUCCAACAUUGUGAGCACAAUCGGCUUCAUUGUCGUCCUCGGCCGCUUCUUCCGCUCGCGCAUUAGGGACGAGGAGAUCCACCUAACCCGCUUCUUUGGCAGGGAGUACGUCGACUACAAAGCACGAGUCGGCUCUGGGCUGCCCUUCCUCGGUGUCUGA